AGCCCGACUCGACGCCGGAGACAGGGACAAGGACGCGCACGCGCCUCGAGUGCCAGAACCAUUCAACAGGACGGGACCCCGCUCGGCGGAGCCGCGCGACGUGCGGUGCGUUGUGAUCCUCGGCGUUUUUCGUGGGCCGGCGAUUCGGCGUGAGAACGAAGGUGUUUCACGUGGUGGAAAAGCAGAGAGCUCAUCGUCGUCGUCGCCGCCGCCGCGUGCGAGACCGGACGGAUCUCUCUCUAACCGCGCCCUCCGUCCCCGGAGCUAUGGCUGGCAUCGUACCGCUGUCUGGUAGAUCCGGUAGAAAACAGUGGACGCUACACGAUGGGCCUAAAGGUUCUCUUAGACGGUUACGUUCCCGACUAGCAGAGGACGGCUGUCCAGAAUCUCAAGUGAUUUUGGCUAAGCAGUUGUUAGAAGAACAAUGCGAACUUGACGUUGAUAAAGAGGAAAACGCAAAGCUAGGCGUUUAUUGGCUGACAAAAGCCUCAGAGCAGGGAAAUUUGGAAGCGACCGAUAUUCUCAGAAAGUGCUUGGCGACCGGCCGCGGUAUCACGGAGCAUAAUUAUUACGACGUAAAAAAUUGUCUAGACAUGACGCAGGACGAGAAGUUGGCCAGAAGAGCAGCGAGGGAAAUGUUUAUGAGUUUAUCAAAUGGCGAGGACUUUAUAACUACGGAGCAACUGCAGAAACGUAUGAGGAGCUUGUCGUCACCGUCGACCAGUAAUACCGAUUAUUUUCAAUCGAACAAUACCUCCAGUAACUCAUCGCAAAAGGGACUGAGCGACAACGAUAAUGAUUGCUUCCCCAGAAAUGGGCUUCCCGACGAUUCCCCGCCUACCAAGGAUGAAGACCGAACGAACGACGUUUAUGGUUGGACAGAUCAAAGUCAAAAGAUCACAGAGGCUGCUUUGGUAUCCGCGGCUGCGAGUUAUGCGCGUGGGAUGCUUCCCAUAGUGUCGCACGCUCUUUGCAUGGUGGAUCCCUCCGAAUUGGCGCUAGACACGAUACCGCUGCUACAGAGACCGUUUGUUCAUCCGUUUGCGUCGCUGAAACGUCUCUACAGUUGGUUGAUCGAGACCCUGGGCCAUAGAGGGAUGUCGAUUAGUAGAGUUUUCUUUACGUCGAACCUACACGUUCUCCUGUUACUCUUGCUGUACUCCUUGUUUGGCACGGAGAGCUUAAUACUUUUUAUACCGAUGGCCCUCUAUUAUCUCUCGUUCGCAGUUAUGGUAGUGGCCACCUUCCAAAUGCUCCAACGCAAACGCGAGUUCAACGAUUUUCGCGUGUGGUCGGGUCUAUUUCUUAACUACUCGGGCGGAAAUCUGAACCCCGAAGAGGCGGAGUAUCAGUUCUGCCGCAACAACUUGAAACCAUAUGGACAUUUCUUUCUCGCAUUACUAUUGAACCUUAUGAUCUACCCUCUGAUAGCCCAUCAGUGGACCCCGCAAUCCGAAUUCACUAUAAUAGCGGUCACGCUUACUCUCAUCACACUCUGCAACUUUAUGUGGAGGGGUUCCUCGCGAGUUCCUGAUUUCCUGGCCCUUUUCAGCUUUGGCGUACACGUACUCGCCAAGUAUCCUUACGAGACGGACAUGGUUGUGGCGCAAAGCUGGAGAUUCUUGGACAUCAGAGUGCCAACGUUCGCGUCCUACGUUGUCGGCAAUGGCAUAGAGUUUUGUCUAAACUUCCGUGCCGUAUUUUAUCUCCUGAUACCAGCGGUUUUUGCGAAAAUGGCCGCGAGAGACGGCUGGCGCGGCACGUAUCGGAUUCUGAUACCUCAUUGCGUUACUCUAAGCUGGUGGCAAAUAGCAAUUUUCAGUUCUCAAGGUGCCACAUGGUAUGGCUUAAUCAGAGGCGCUCUCGCACUAGUUGGGAUGGUCCUGUUUCUUCCAAUCGCCGGUAUUGCUUCCGUUAUUUUACCGUUUGUUGCUGUUGCCAAAUAUUUGUCGGAAAAUGAUCUUGCCAUGAGGAUAGCGAUUACUACUUUACUUGGAGGAAUGCCAUUCUUUACUUCGUGGUAUCUGAAGAAAACGAGAGCGCCGAAAUUUAAUUGGAUCAUUACGCUCAUGCAAAUUGUUCUUGGCAUUGGCGCUGCGGCAUUUUUAUCGUGGCCGAUGAUAAUGGAAUAUAAUCAGAAUUCCGACGAGACAUCAUACGAUGUCGCUUCUACCUUAACAUGGGAUCAGUAUCAGAAUUAUUGUCAUCAACCUGCGUGGGAAGAACUAUCAUCGAAAGCGCAAGUGCAGGUGCAAUGCGCUCAAUUGGAAGGCGUACCCGUUGCAUGGGAAGGCUACGUAACAAAUAUUAGAUUAAAGUCGACAAAAAACAAUAUUGCAAUUAUAUUGAACAGGUUACCAAACAACAUUAAAACAAUAAUUAGUUGUAUGUAUGGAGUACCAUAUGAAGAAAAUUGUAAUUUGGGUGAUGAUACUCGCAGAAAGAAUUGUAAGCACAUCACGAGCAUCCAAAAGAAAAGAAACAAAUGUUAUUUUCCGUCUUGGGAUCAAUAUGAAUUCGAGAUAUUCGUCAAGAUGAAAAGCGGUAUAUGGGGAAGUACCACAGAGAUACGUCUCAUUGCGGACCAUUCUUUCACCAAUUUUAGUCUGAGCAUAUAUCCAGGUGAUAAAAUUUGGUUUUCUGGUGCACUUCUGAAUAAGGACUUGGAAACAGAAUCUCUUCUCGGUGGCGCCGAACCGCACAUCGAUUUGGAAGAGGUAGGGUGUCUCGCAUGCAAUUCCCUCGAUUUGAAAACGUCUUACAAACGUUAUAGAUAUCAUAUAAGUUUAAGCUCUAUUGUUAGAGAUCUUUGUCUCAGCGUAAAGACUGUAUUAAACUUUCUGUUAAAUCCGAUUGUGAUGUUCAAGUGAUGACAUUCUACAUGACUGAAUCCUUUAGAUCUCUCUAUAGCUUUUUAGAUCUAAUGUAAUAAAAAUUUUUUUAAUAUCUAAUUUUCAUUACAAUUUACACGAUUAACAUGGUUUAUAUUAAAGAAAAAUCAAGUUACUAUUAAAAUUUUGUUUAGAGUUUUUCUGUAGACAAAU